AUGCCAGAGAACUUGACUGAGCAAUCUCGAGCCACUCGCAAAGGCCCAGCCGCAGGAACAGGCCAUGAGGGCUAUGGAAAAUAUGGACAGCGCGGCCGCAAAGCAAGUGGUAGUAGUAGCACCGGGACGAGAACCAGAUCAACAAGCACGACACGGAGUGGCGCUAGCAAAGGAAGUCAAUCGAGUCGCCCGGAGUUGGACAUUGACGAUUUUCUAAUGAGCCGCCUGGAGCCCGUCAUUAUAAAUGGUGGUGGACUAGACGGUGCAUCGCUGUCACGAACACAAAGCGAGCAGAGUUUCAGCAGUGUGAGCGUUGCGUCGACUUCGAACUUGCCGCAGCAAACUCUGCUAUCCUACACGACUGGCCAGUCCACUGAAUCCCUCGCAACUUCAACGGGGACAUUCGGUGAGACUAUCACGCCAAAUUAUUCUAAUGGCAUCAAGCCGAUAGAAAGCAAGAGCCCUGAGCACCAAUCCAACGGGAAUGAUCGUCCAAAUGCAUCGAAGUCACGCAUGCCCGUCCCAAGAGGGAAGAGACACGGCAUGUUUGCGAACCCCCAGGAUGCUAUCACAAACACGUCCCUUCCUAGCCAAAAGUCAAGCACUGCUACCUCACACCAACCGAAGCGUGCUCAAAGGUCCCCCGAAAAGACCACCAAUCCUGAGCAGGCUGAGAAGGAACAAGCCAAGAAAGGAAAGACCUCCAUGUGGAACUUCUUCCAGAAGAACCGCGCCAACGAACAGAAGAGCUCAAUUCCUCCAACGACUUCAUCCCAAACCGCAAAACUUCAUGCGGCGAUCUCCCCGGUUCUGAACACUCGGCCCGUGGCCCACUACGCUUUGGUGGAUGCUGAUUCCGACGAGCUCGACGAAAUCAUCAAGAACAUCGAGGACUCACCACCAACAGAGGAGGAAACGAUUUUCCACCCCGUGGAAAUCCCAAGAGGUUUGAGCAUCAGAAAAAGAAAGCCCUCAAUCCUGUUGCCAUCUCCGCCAAGCAUGCAUAGUGAGUUUGAAAAUGAUCGCCCAUCGCCGAAGACAGCCAUGUUCAACCGCAACCUUAUGGCCCCGGAGCUCGAGAUACCACCUGAACAACGCCCGCGCUUGGCCUCUGUCGGUCGGAUCCCACGGGUAGUUUCGCGGCGCGAUAGACAUCAUCAUCCCGCCAUGCAGUCUUUCUCGCGUCCGUUUAGUGUUGCCGAAUCGCCUUCCCUCACAAUUCCAACGACAGAACGCUCAUACGAAUCUCCACCUGUCGCCAACGUUCCAUUGAAUCUGGAGAUUGGUCCAAGCGAAUCUUUUGACUGGGGCCAUGGGUUCAAUCCGACUUUUAGCGCUUCCGAGGAAACCAGCGCCUUGGAGUUCCUUGCCGGCCCAUUCUUAAACUAUGAAUUCCUUCAAUUUCCGCCGAAGAAAGGCUCGACCUCGUCGGAUAGCUCUGGGGCUCUGGCUGCCGUUACGGCUGUGCCCCCGAUUCCAGGUUCCCCGCCAACUGAGGACGAGGUGUGGAACGAAUACGAUGAUCUUAUUGAUCACGUCCUGUCGCCAGAUGAACCGAAGCCCGAGGAGACGGAGAAGUCCGAAGAAGAGGACAGAUUUGAACUUGCAACGAUGGCAAGUAGGGCUCUCCAGGAUGAGUUGAAUAAUGCCAAUCAUCCUCAGUCAGUACCUGGUGGCAACUCAGUCCGCUCGAGUGGCAGCUCUGUUCAUCUUCGCCGUUCUCAGAUUGUCUCUGCCUUGCGAUCGUCUACCGCUCCUUCGUCUCAACCGUCUUAUAGUGAUCUUGUUGCUGGUAAUAGAGGCUCAAAUGAGGAGAAGACCCAGCCGGCUGUCCACCCUACCGAGCAGCCUUCUUCAACAGAUCAGCGCCGUGAACAGCAGUCGACGUUUCUCAACUCGCUCGCUGCUGUCCCUUCGCCUGAGACCAAAACACCACCGAGAACAAGAAGCCGCAUCUUCGGAGCGCGAGUGGGAUGCGGUGACGCGGACUAA